UCUCUCCCCCUCUAAGCAAAAAAAAUCUCUUAUCUUCUCACUUCUUUCUCCUCCUCUAUCAUAUUCCUUGUCUGUUAACAACAAUUUAAGUCUCUCUCUCUGUUCGAAAUCACUUUUUUUUAUUUUUUUAUUUUUUCCUUUGAUCGGUUCAACUUUAGGGCAAAUUCGACGCCGAUCAAUCUUUUCUUAACUUGAUCUGAUAAUUUCAUUUGAGUUUCUUCUAUCUCAGCUUCAAUUUCAAUCAAUAUCUUCCUCGCCGUAAAUCUGAGCUUAAUUUGCCGGAAUUUUCGAUUCUCGAGAAAAUUACUAGAAAAAAGUCGGAAAAUCUAUUGUUUUUUUUCUGUCUUUAGCUACGAUCGGUGAUUUUUCGGAGUUUGUUGGGGUUCAGAGGGCCUUUCAGGAGGUGAGAUGUGUUCUCUACAAGGACCAGCAGUUAUUUGCCCCACUGUGCGUGGAAAACAAAAUGGAUUUUAUACCCUUCCUGUCAAUUGGCCCUUGACGAAGGUUAGCAUUCUUAGAAGUGGAUUCUGGGGAUUCAAAGGGAUCAACAGUAAUAGGAUCAAUAAUGUGUGCCAUCAACUGCGAAUGCGGAAGUGCAAGACAGUGCAGUGCAGCUUCAGUUCAUCAUCUGAUGGUAAUGGUAGCAUGGCAGAGAAUUUUAAUGAAAGUGAUGAAGAUUAUGUGAAUUCCAGUGUUGUUGAAGCUGUUGAGGUGAAGAGUGGCCCAGAUGGUUUCAUGAUAAAAAUGAGGGAUGGUAGGCAUUUAAGAUGUGUCCAUAACAACCCUCAGGGUGCGCAUCUUCCAGAUUACACUCCGCAUCCCGCAAUUGUUCUAAAGAUGGAAGAUGGAACCGGUCUUCUCCUCCCAAUAAUUGUUUUGGAAAUGCCAAGCAUGUUGCUUAUGGCAGCCGUGCGCAAUGUUCAAAUAGCUAGGCCCACUAUGUAUCAAGUGGUGAAGGAGAUGAUUGACAAGAUGGGCUAUACGGUGAAAGUUGUUCGAGUCACCAAGAGAGUGCACGAGGCAUAUUUUGCUCAGUUGUACCUCACAAAGUUGGGAAAUGAAAAAGAGUGUGUCAGCUUUGAUCUUCGACCUUCAGAUGCCAUUAACAUUGCAGUAAGAUGCAAGGUGCCAAUACAAGUGAACAGGUACUUGGCAUAUAGCGAUGGGAUGCGAGUCAUUGAAUCUACAAAGUUCAUGCAGUCUUCUUCUUCAGAUGGCUUACUAUUCACGGAACUUGACCGCCCUAGUGGCCAGCCAUGCCUUUUGACAAAGGAAUUUGAUCUUGUGCACAAUAUGCUGAUUGCUGCUCUUGAGGAACGCUACAAAGAUGCAGCUCAGUGGAGGGACAAACUAACUCAAUUUCGGUCGCAGAGGAACUGGACAUAGCAGACAUAGCAGAUGUUCCUAGAGGAUAAAAUUUGUAUAUAGAGACAAUUGGACAAGGCCAUGAAGAUGAUGAUAUCUGCCUGGACUUACAGUAAUCAAAUGGUGUCUAUCAGCUUGUAUGUAUUUAGUCGUGAAUAUCUGUAUAGAUGUACAAACAUUGUUAAUGUGAUGUUGAACAUGUGAAACUUGCUCAUUUCUGCAUAUAUGUUCCGUGGAUUAUUCUCAUCCUAUUCGGUUCGGUUCAAGAGCAAUUUCUUUGUAUU